AUGGCUCCCAAGGAAGUUUACAUUGGUGUCAUUGGCGCUGGUGGUGUAGGAAAGUGCUUUCUCUCACAACUCGAAUCCCUCUCUAAACGAUAUGCUACGAAUGCUUCCUCCCCGAAGAUAUCCCUCGUCUUCAUCUCUAGAAGCACAAAGACCCUCUACAGCGAAAAGUACACAGCCUUGCCAUUCGAGAACCUCAGCACGAAGCUCGCAAACUCGACUCAAAAACACCUCUCCUUGACUGAGGCUAUCGGAUUCCUAUCCGCUGCGCCAGGUAAAGCCAUCCUGGUUGACAACACCAGUUCCCAAAACAUAGCCGAUCAAUAUCCACAAGUGCUAUCCAAGGGAAUCAGCAUUGUGACUCCCAACAAGAAGGCAUUCUCAGGCUCUUACAAGCUCUGGCAGGAUAUCUUCUCCGCUGCUGCCGAGUCAGGUGCUAUAGUGUCGCACGAGAGCUCCGUUGGAGCUGGUCUGCCUGUCAUUUCGACCCUGAACGACCUAGUCAACACAGGAGAUGAGGUGACCAAGAUCGAGGGUGUUUUCAGUGGCACCAUGUCGUUCCUUUUCAACUCAUUCGCGCCCCUUGAGGGUUCUGGUGGAAAGUGGUCUGCGGAGGUUAUGAAGGCGAAGGAAUUAGGCUACACAGAGCCAGAUCCAAGGGAUGACUUGAAUGGCUUGGAUGUUGCGAGGAAGUUGACUAUUCUGGCAAGAUUGGCUGGUCUACCAAUUGAAUCUCCAACUUCUUUCCCAGUGCAAAGCUUGAUCCCCAAGGAGUUGGAGAGUGUAGCCAGCGGUGAUGAGUUUUUGCAAAAGCUACCUCAAUUUGACUCGCAAAUGGAGGAAACGAAGGCAGCCGCAGAGAAAGAAGGGAAGGUAGUGAGGUUUGUGGGAAGCAUUGAUGUGGCGAAGAAGGAGGUGAAGGUUGGAUUAGAGAAGUUCGAUCGCUCACAUCCAAUUGCAGCAUUGAAGGGCAGCGACAACAUCAUCAGCUUCUACACUAAGCGAUAUGGAGCUAAUCCAUUGAUAGUUCAAGGAGCAGGAGCAGGUGGUGAAGUGACGGCAAUGGGGGUAACAUCAGGCUUGAUCCACAUCCUUGAACGAUUGUCCUAA